AAAUCAAAUAAAUGUGAAUGAAUACAAAGAAAUAAAGUAAACCAAUGAAAUGAUAUAAAAUCAACGAAAGGAAAUCAAAGAACUCAAUAAAGAAUGUAACAAUAAAAGUUGAAUUGAAUCUAAGGAAAAUCAAAUACUGAAAUAAGCAAAUUCGACUAUUUCAAAAACUUAAAGAAAUCAAUAGCCUGGAAAUAAAUUGUGAUAAAUUGUGAAGAAAAUUGGAACUAAAUUAUGAAGAAAUAAAAGAACAUUUCUUAAGAAGGCAAAUGAUUUACAAUGAAUAGAAAUUAGGGGUAACCGUUUAGUAUAUUUGUUAUGAAAAAAUGAAUUUAAACUCAAAUUUAUAAAUUAAACCAAAGAGGUAUAAUCACAAUGAACUAAUUGAAAUAAUAAACAAACCGAUAAAAUCUGGUAUAAAAUAACUAAAUACUAAUGAAACUAAAUUAACUGGAUAAUAAAAAAAAAUAUCAACCAAAAUUGAAAAAUUAAACAAAAUGUUAACUAAAGAAUAGUGGCUCACAACAGUCUUAACAAGUUCUGAACGAUUUUCUAAGGUAAGAUAACUCAGCAUUCACAACCGAGGAGAGACACAUUCCUCCGUAAACGAUGUCCUAGGACAGUCCAGAUGGGUCAGUGACAGUUUAUAGACACAGUCCAGUGACGGAUCAUACAAUCACGACAAUGUUAGUCAACAUAUUCCGAAGACGGUUUGCACGAUCCACCACUUGGAAGGUUACACACUUUCAGAGAUGUCCCAUGUCCACUACUCACACUGUAACAAUGAGAUCCCGAUUCAGUGCUGGAGUCGCUGUUCGUAUGUCUGUAUGACAAAACCAUCUACUGUUAUUGCCGCGAUCCUUGUAAAACGCCCCUGAAUUAAAUCAGGUGUGAAAAUUUUAGUCAUAUGAAAAAGACUUUUUAUACUACAAAGAGAGUCCGUGUUUUACAAAUGGUGCAGCGAGCCGGGACCCCGACAAGUCACACGCUGCAAACGACUAGAAACGACUACGAUUAGCCAACUGUGCGUCUAUCUGUAUCACCGGCCAAGGCAAUUGGGACGUCCCAAUGACUAAGUUGACAAAGCACAUAGUUUAUUUCUGAAGUUUCAUGUGGCAUUGUACACUUGAGAGUUUCUUUCCAAUUUAUGGUAGUAACUCCACAUCCGGACUAUCUAGUGUAUCAUCUUUUUUCACUUUGUUAUUAAAUAAAAUGAUAAACUUUGCAAUAUUUACAGUUUGCAUGACCCAGGCCGACAUUAUAUUUAUCUUGGACGGGUCUAGUAGCGUCAAAGCAGCCGACUUUGCCAAACAACUACAAUUCAUCAAGUCUUUGGUGAGGAAAUUUGGGGUUGGACCAAACGCGGUAAAGGUCGGCGUUCUGCAGUACUCUACCAACACAGUGCAGGAGUUUAACCUUAACACUCACAGCACCGAAGUCGCCAUCUUAGCCGCCGUCGACAGGAUCAAGCAGAAGAAAGGUGGUACUAACACAGCUGUGGCCCUUUCUACCGCACGCAUCAGCAGUUUCACGGCUGCCAAAGGUGAUCGACCGAACGUCCCAAACAUCGUUAUCGUCAUGACCGACGGCAAGUCUAAUAACAUGGCGGCGACCGCCAGAGAAGCAAACAGGCUGCGUAAUAUUGCGUCAGUGUUCGCAAUUGGAGUUGGGAGUAAUGUCAGAACUGCUGAGCUGAAGGCCAUGGCUAACGACCCGGAUAGUAAAUAUGUAUUUACAGUGACAGACUUCAGUGCCCUGUCAAAUAUAGAGACAAAGUUAGCCACGGAGGCUUGUGCACAGGCCACUACUGCACCGCCAGAGAUUACUACCAAGCCGACACCAAUUUGCAUGACCCAGGCCGACAUUAUAUUUAUCUUGGACGGGUCUAGUAGCGUCAAAGCAGCCGACUUUGCCAAACAACUACAAUUCAUCAAGUCUUUGGUGAGGAAAUUUGGGGUUGGACCAAACGCGGUAAAGGUCGGCGUUCUGCAGUACUCUACCAACACAGUGCAGGAGUUUAACCUCAACACUCACAGCACCGAAGCCGCCAUCUUAGCCGCCGUCGACAGGAUCAAGCAGAAGAAAGGUGGUACUAACACAGCUGUGGCCCUCUCUACCGCACGCACCAGCAGUUUCACGGCUGCCAAAGGUGAUCGACCGAACGUCCCAAACAUCGUUAUCGUCAUGACCGACGGCAAGUCUAAUAACAUGGCGGCGACCGCCAGAGAAGCAAACAGGCUGCGUAAUAUUGCGUCAGUGUUCGCAAUUGGAGUUGGGAGUAAUGUCAGAACUGCUGAGCUGAAGGCCAUGGCUAACGACCCUGAUAGUAAAUAUGUAUUUACAGUGACAGACUUCAGUGCCCUGUCAAAUAUAGAGACAAAGUUAGCCACGGAGGCUUGUGCACCUUGCAAGGGCCAGACAGACAUAACAAUCAUCUUGGACGGAUCUGAAAGCGUCAACGCACCCGACUUUGCCAAACAACUGCAAUUCAUCAAGUUUUUGGUGAGGAAAUUUGAGGUUGGACCAAACGCGGUACAGGUCGGCGUUCUGCAGUGCUAUUCCUACGCGGUGCAGGAGUUUAACCUUAACACUCACAGCACCGAAGCCGCCAUCUUAGACGCCGUCGACAGGAUCAAGCAGAAGAGAGGUGGCACUAACACAGCUUAUGCCCUCUCCACCGCCCGCACCAGCAGUUUCACGGCUGCCAAAGGCGAUCGGUCGAACGUCCCGAACAUCGUUAUCGUCAUGACUGACGGCAAGUCUGACAACAGAAUGGCGACCGUCAAAGAAGCGAUAAUGCUGCGUAAUAUUGCGUCUGUGUACACAAUCGGUGUUGGAAGUGAUGUUAAUACUGACGAGUUAAAGGCCAUAGCUAACGUCCCAGAUAGCAAAUAUGUGUUUACAGUGACAGACUAUAGUGCGCUGUCAAGUAUAACAACACAGUUAGCCACGGAUGCUUGUACACUUUGCAAAGACCAAGCAGACAUAACAAUCAUCUUGGACGGAUCUGAAAGCGUCAACGCACCCGACUUUGCCAAACAACUGCAAUUCAUCAAGUCUUUGGUGAGGAAAUUUGAGGUUGGACCAAACGCGGCACAGGUCGGCGUUCUGCAGUGCUAUUCCUACGCUGUGCAGGAGUUUAACCUUAACACUCACAGCACCGAGGCCGCCAUCUUAGCCGCCGUUGACAGGAUCAAGCAGAAGAGAGGUGGUACUAACACAGCUUAUGCCCUCUCCACCGCCCGCACCAGCAGUUUCACGGCUGCCAAAGGCGAUCGGUCGAACGUCCCGAACGUCGUUAUCGUCAUGACCGACGGCAAGUCUGACAACAGAAUGGCGACCGUCAAAGAAGCGAUCAUGCUGCGUAAUUUUGCGUCUGUGUUCGCAAUUGGAGUUGGGAGUAAUGUUGAUACUGUCGAGCUGAAGGCCAUGGCUACCGACCCGGAUAGUAAAUAUGUGUUUACUGUAACAGACUUCAGUCUGUUGUCAAAUAUAACGACACAGAUAGCAGCGGAUGCUUGUGCACAAACUACCACCAAGCCGGCAUCAAAAAUUACCACCACGCCAGCAUCAACAACAGUGACGCCGCCUUUUCUGCCAUGCUUUUAUCGUGGUCGAGAAAAAAUAUGUCCGUAGGAUGAAGACUCUCAAGUAAUGCAAGUCCUACGUGGGGAAAUACACGUCUUACUAGACCAUACUACACGAGACUGAAUUUACUAGUAUAGACAGUUCGCUUUUGUUCUGUUUCAUGAAUACGACGUCUUGCAGUCACAUUUUGUGUUUUUUAUAUUCAGAUGGCAAUAAAUUAAA